AUGUUGGGAUUCUUCGGUCCCUUCUAUGAGCAACUGGUCGGGAUGCUGCGAAAGCAGCAAGGCCAGCUUGCUUUCGACACCAUCGACCGUGUCAACGCUUGGUUUACCCCAUUCGUGCUCGUCGCUAUGACCCUCGCCAUCUCUUGCAAGCAAUACUUUGGCCAACCAAUCAAGUGCUGGACGCCACGAGAGUUCUCUGGUAGUUGGGAUGGUUACGUGCACGAUUUUUGCUUCAUCGAGAACACCUACUUUGUGCCAAACGGAACCACGGUCACCGACGAAGCUCGUGGCGAUCGUCACAUCAACUACUACCGAUGGGUGCCACUGGUUCUUCUCCUCCAAGCCGCCAUGUUCGUCAUCCCGUACAACAUCUGGAAUAUGCUUCAUAAGAGAACCACGAUCAACUUGAAGGCAUCUCUCCGAUUUUUCGAAGGAGCUAUGAAGAAGCAAGAGCCCAAUCAGGCAUGUGAAUCGUUUGCCAACGAACUCUGGAAUCGGCUCCUCGAAAUCCGCAAGUCCUCGAACAAGCUCGCCGGUUGCCAAGCCACCAUCAACUUCUUCCUCCUCAAGCUCGGCUUCAUCUUCAACAUCAUUCUUCAAAUGGUCCUUCUAAAGCACUUCCUGGACGUUGAUGAUUACUUCUGGGGAUUCUUCCACCUCUGGAAUGUCGAGUUCAAAGGAACCGCAGAGAAGGAAGACAGCAUCUUCCCUCGCGUUGUCUUGUGCGACUUCAAGGUUCGCAACCUCGGCCAACAACACCAACACACUGUUUCGUGCAUAAUGAUCUUGAACAUGAUCAUCGAGAAGCUCUACAUCUGCUUCUACUUUUGGCUCAUCUUUGUGUUCUGUCUCACCACCGCCGGCAUGAUUCACUUUGGAUUCCAGAUGCUUCUCAGAAGACACAGCCUGGUUCCAACCAACUUGAACAACAAGCCAGCCAUGAAUCCAACCCGCUCGCACCGCUUCAUCCGCAAGUACCUCAAUUUCGACGGAAUCCUCCUGCUCACUUACGUCGACGCUCAAUUUGGCGCGUUCCGCACAUCCCAGGUCAUCGACGGUCUCAUCGACCGUUUUGUUGCCGAGCAACAACCCGAUUCCUCCACCGUCACCUCCCUCCACGAGGACCAUCCAGAAAGAUACGUGGCCUUCAACACUGACACCAUCCCAAUGGACCGCUUGAAUCGCAAAGUUCACAGCCUCAUCGAAGAAGUCGACGGUCCAUCCGCACCAUCAGCUCCUCAAGAGAAGAAGGAGAUGUGA